AUGUCAAAGUACGAAAAACUCUCCAACAAUGACCGCUGCUCAUUGGACAUCUCCGAAACUUCGGGAAACUCGACCUCUGGAGACGAGAAGGAAGAAGCAGCUCUCCUCGACGAGCCACUGGACUCUGACGAACAGUAUGAGAGGAGAGACAUUGUAGAGACCAAAGAGAAAUCGCCAGCUAGAAUCGCAUUUUUCGCCAAUCUUGGAAUCCUGCUCUGCUCCGUCAUCUUUUAUGCAUAUCGAUACACAAUCGCUCCCUCAGAUGCAGCAUGCGAGCGAAAGAUGUGGGCGUAUAGCCCAAUGCAGGAAGUAAUGGAGUUCGAAUGGCGACAAUAUGAUUCGGACAUCAUCCCACCAAAGUAUUUUGGAGAGCCGACUGAUGAACGUCGGGCGGUUUGGGAACUGAUAUAUGACCGGUUUCCAUAUGACAAGCUGGCUAUGAUAAACAAGUCGGCGGAAGCGUUCGACUGGUGGCGUCUCCCGGCGCCAAAUGAUGACCAAGUUAUUGCGUUUCCGGAAAUGACCCAUCAGAUGCACUGCGUUGCUUUCCUCUGGCUCUUCGAGUAUCGAGAGUACUGGGACUACCAGACCUUCAUGAACUCAACAGAGUUCAUCUUCGAACUCCAUGUGAACCACUGCUACUUGACACUUCUGACCAUGAUCAAGUGCCAAGCAGAUGUAACGCCUGUGCUCUUCCAGAAAGAUCAUUCGGAGAUGGGAACGUGGAAGACGCGCGACGCUCCGCAUCGGUGCAAGAAAUUCGAUCAGCUGGCGGAGUGGGAGAGGGAACACAAAGUUUGUAGGUCGAAUUGUGUGGAGGAGGACUUUGCGUCGGAGAUGACUUCGCAUGUGCAUGCGAAAGCGGGAGAGAAUGGACCUGGAUAGCUCGAGUCUUGAAAUAUCAAGAUCAAAGACCCAAGAAGCUAGCAGUAUCAGGAUAGUUCAUUGCCUCCCUCUGUGUGCAAUCUCCUCCUUGUCCCGGAUGCUGGGGAGCUCCGCCGCAGAUUAUUACACGUUCCCAUCUUCUUCGUCGUAUGCCCAUCAUCGUCCGUCUCGUUCCUCAUCAGACCGAGAUUCCGUAUCCAAUGUACCUC